UCUCUCCAUUUUCCACUUCGGCCUCUCUUGAUAUGGCCUCCAGACUUCCUCUUUAAAGAAAAUAACCAUCAACACAUCCACCUAUCCCCCUUCACAACUCCAUCCAUCCGAUUCUAGAGAAAGAGAGAGACAAUGUCCAAAUGGUUUCUACCAAGAUCUAUUACUAGAGACUUAAGAAACGUUGGCAAGUUCGAAGGAGAAGAAGAGGAAGAUAAAGGGUUGAAUAGGACAAGGAGUUGGAGGAGGCUUAAAAGGGCAUCUAGUAGGAAGAGACCAAGGCUAAGGAUCCCAGGCUUGAGGAGAUUGUUGAGAAGAAAGGCUAGGCUGGUUUCUGCAACAUGGACCAAGAUGUGGAAGAGGUUGAAGGAGAGUAGAAAUCAUAUAGGAGAUCCGAUUGCUGGAAAUUACAUGUUCAUGGAGUGUAGGGAUAGGUGUGCUCAACAUGGCAAAGUAGGCAGUUUCAAGAAUGUUCGGAAAAAUUGAUGUAAGCUGAAGCAGGGGGCUCUUGCAUAGGACGAGAAUUGGAAG